AUGAAUAUAAGGACAAAUUCAUUAUUAUUUAUUGGACUUUUAUUUAGUCUGUUAACAUUAUCACCAACACCCAUAGAGGCGCAACUAAAAGGUUACCCACCUUUAGAUGUAACUCCGCCAUCAGUUGCAGAAUGGAAUGCUUUGGUUGACAUGACCAAAAUUCCAAAGGCUCCUGUUAGGAAAGUGCCAAGUGAUUGUACUGACACACUAGACACUUUUUGUACUUGGACUUGUACUCUCUGUACAAAACCAGACGAUAUCGUGAGAUGUCCUAAACAAAAUGACUGGGCUAUAACUUACGAUGAUGGUCCUUCACCAUUUACACCAAUAAUUUUGGAUCAUCUUAAAGCAAAAAAUGUAAAAGCAACAUUUUUUGUUAUUGGCUCCAGAGUUAUGGGAAAUCCUGAUAUUUUAAAAAGAACUAUUAGUGAAGAAGUUAUAUCUGAGCUAAAAUGGACUGAAAAAGUCGUCAAAGAAGUAACUGGUGCAACUCCCAAGUUUAUGAGACCACCACAAGGAGAUUAUGAUGAUCGUAUAAGAUUCAUAGCGAAAUCAUUAGGUUAUAACAUUGCUAUAUGGGAUUAUGACACUUUUGAUUGGAAGUCAAACGGAGAUCCAACCUUUGAUUUAAAUUGGAUUACUGGAAACUUUACUCAAUGGGUAGCAAACAAAACAACCGGUCAUAUGACUUUGGAACACGAUUUGUACGAACAAACUGCCAAAAUGGCACCUAAAGCUAUCGACAUUGUCUUGAAUGCUGGUUGGAAUAUGAAAGAUAUUGCAACAUGUUCAAAUCUACCAGCAUACAUUGAAUCUACUACUAACUCAUCAACUCCUCCAAAAUUAGAUCAAAAUCCUAACACAGCUAAAACUUCAGCGCCAACAACCUCACCUGCUCAACAGAAACUAAAAGGUUACCCACCAGUUGAUGUAGCGCCACCAGCUAAUGCGAAAUUUACUGCUUUGGUUGAUUUGACUAAAGCUCCAAAAGCUCCAGUCAGAAAAGCGCCAAGUCAGCCUUGUGAUGGUAAUUCUGACCCCUUUUGUUAUUGGAGUUGUACACUUUGUUUAAGACCUACCGAUAUCCAAACAUGUCCCAAUGCAAAAGAUUGGGGCAUUACAUACGAUGAUGGUCCUUCAGAAUUUACACCAGCAAUUUUAGAUCAUCUUAAGGCAAAAAAUGUAAAAGCAACAUUUUUCGUUAUUGGUUCUAGAGUUAGCGAACAUCCUGAAAUUACAAAAAGAGCUUUUGAUGAAGGGCAUCAAAUUGGAAUCCACACUUGGUCACACACAGCAUUAACAACACAAAAAAGCGAAGUAGUUAUAGCUGAGUUGCAAUGGACCGCAAAAGCCAUUGAAGAAGCAACUGGUAAAAAACCUGUAAUCAUGAGACCACCACAAGGAGAUCAUGAUGAUCGUAUAAGAUACAUCGCCAACCAAUUAGGUUAUAAAGUUGUUAUAUGGGAUAAAGACCCGAACGAUUGGAUGGUCUCAGAAAAGCUAAACUAUGAUGUAAACUGGAUCGCAGGAAACUUUUCUGAAUGGGUAAAAGAACCACCAUCAAAAACUGGUCAUAUUUCCUUGGAACAUGAUAUGUUUAAACAAUCUGCCGCCAAAGCUCCACUAGCUAUUGAUAUAGUUAUGGGCGCUGGAUUCAACAUUAAGACUGUUGCUGAUUGUGUAGGCCAACCUGCUUUUGACGGUGAUACUACUAGCAACACCACCGCCGUUCCUUCUGCCUCAGCAGUUGCUGCUCCUGCUGCUAGCACUCCUGCUGCUAGCACUCCUGCUGCUAGCACUCCUGCUGCUAAUCCUCCUGCUGCAAAUACUCCUGCUGCUUAUCCUCCUGCUGCAAAUGCUCCUGCUGCAAAUACUCCUGCUGCUAAUCCUCCUGCUGCAAAUAAAAAAGCUUCAUCUACAUCUAUUAACAACUAUCAAUACA